CUCGUCGUAAAGAUAAUCUGUGACAUCCAUAAACGAUAUGAGAAUAUGGCUGCUGAGGAGACGACGUAUGAAAGUUUAUACCAUCAACAAGAUACUGGCCGUCAAAAUCCAGGAGCUGUCUCACAGCCAAUUUUGCAACACCAGUAUCAAGUGCAGUCACAAGGCAACAUACCCCCUCCAUUUUAUCACAAUAUCCCAAGCACUGUUCUUGCUCACAUGUCUUCAGAUCGAGGGGCACCACCAUCUUAUGAAGAAGCUAUUGAUCCUAAUGCACCUCCGCCUUCUUAUGACUCGCUGUUUGGACGAGUACGUGAGGCACAUAAAGCAUCCAAGGGAAUGUUUGACUUUUUGAAAAAUGUUAUCAUUUUACUUUUAGGGACAAUCGGUUGCACAAUUAUCCUGGGCGUGACAAUCGUAAUUCCCAUUUGCAUGAUUGCCAUUGGUUCCAUCUACUUAUACGACUGUCCACAAGGUGAAUAUAUUCCAAUAUACCUGCUUGUUGGAGGUGGUUUUGGGGUAUUAAAGCAACUGCUUCAUCUUUCUGCAAGAGUAAGACAACACGAAGAAGAGCAGGAAGAAGAGCGAAUUCGGCAGUCACCCACGCAAACGCUGAUAAAUUGUUUUAUGCUUGGGUGGUUCAUUAUAGGUUCAGUUUGGGUGUACAAAGAAUAUGAACCUAACUACGACCCAUCACGGGGAAAGUACUGUAAUCAAACAUUGUACCUGUUCGCCUUCUGGCUCAUCACAUCUGUAUACAUUGUUCUGGGUGUCAUAAUUAUGUGUUUAUGCAGCAUUAGCGUGGCUUCAAUCGCAUUUCAGAGAGACACCUAAUUGUUGGAAACGUCAAGCCUCAGUUUAUAUUUUUUUAUGCACUUUUUUUUAUGUAUGUAUAUUUAAUCAGUAUUGUUUCUUUACAAGUAUGAUUAGCUGAAGUCAGUUUUUAUAUUUAAUCAAGUUCUUCCAUUUCGUAAAAAGAUUACUUCUCUAUCUGAAUUGUAUUAGCUCUUCUUGAACUCUGAAUUCUCUGUGACAAGGUAUGCCCAGCUGGGUACGAACUGUACACUAAAAUAAAAACACAGGACAAGUAGCUGCUGUUGAAAUGUUCGCAUGAAUUUUGUCCGUCAUGUUUUUUAAAGCUGUUUGUAAGGGACGCGUGACAAUUCAGUUGCAGCUUACAGUAUUCAGAUGCAGUUCACAACUCCUUAUUUUAGAUUUGUGCUUAAUUAACUUCAGGCCAGAUAUUUUGUGCUUCGCAAGCACGUUUUAUGAGUGUCAAUCACAAUAAUUUAGCCAUGACAAUAUUGACGCUAAGUACUUGAAACUUUUAUAUUCACAAACAGAAACUAGCCUAUAUUAGGUUGGGCUGAUCUGUCUUUUUAAUGUAGCAUUUAUUGAUCUUUAUUCUAUUCUCGUGUGCCACCCUAAAGCAAGAGUUUGUUAAUUCAUAAAUGUUCUGAUGUGGUCCUCUCUGUAUUAAGACAAGGUUUUGGUAUAAUGUUUCAUGUGUUAUGAGCACAACUACUAUAUUACAGCAAUUAAAUUGAGGAUGAGAUGGGUGGGGGAAUGUAGAAUGCAUGGGGAGAUGAGAAAUUUAUAUUAAAUUUUAACGGAAGGCCUGAAGUAAAGACUCACUCAGAAGACCUGGGCACAGAUUGAUGAUAAUAUUAAAAUGGAUCCUGGAGAAAUAAGAUGCUGAGGUAUGGAUUAGAUUAAUUUGUUUUGGGAUAGGGACCAGUAGUAGGCUCUUAUUAAUAUGGCAAUGAACCUUUGGGUUCCAUAUGAAAUAGGGAAUUUCUUGAUAAACUGAGUGACUAUCAGCUUCAAAGUUAUAUGAGUCGGUUAUGGUGUCUUAAAUAUUCGCUGGAGCUGAGAACAGUUCUUAACAAUUUGUUCCCGGAAAUUUUGCACUUUUAUAAUUAAAAUUAGCAGUAACUGUCACUAAUAUGUGACUGGAGUAGUAAGGUACAUUGCAGCAGUAGAAAUAAAAUUCUAUAAAAAAAUGUUUAUGAAUGAUGAGUGAGGUGGCCAGUUCUCAUAUGAACCUUCAUUGCAAUGUGUUCAUGCAGCAAAAACAUGGUAUUAAUCAAAAUUGUAUUUCUAGCAUUGCUGAGAACUGGAAUUAAUAAUAUUAAUUCAAGCUUCUUCUGUGGUAACUUCAUGUUAGAUUUUUCAUUUUUAGACUUGAGGGAAAAUUAACAGUUUAGGGAACUGAAGAUAAGCCGACUUACACACUACAAAGUUCGAAGGUAAUUUUUCCACAAUUCUAUCUUCAACAUUAAGACAAUGAUAAAUUCACAAGGAGUCAAAUUGUAUACACUUGUAAUACUUAUUAGACACGAGGAUGUGUGUCAUGACAGCUGGUUUUUAGCUGGGCAUUAUGCACAGAAAUAAACAAAUAAUCUAUCUAAUUAUGAACUUGUUUCCCUGACAAUGGAGGCAGCAAGAACCUCUUAAACACUGGUAAGCUUCUACCAGACUACACUGUGCUGCAACCCAGAAGACAGACAUCUUCAUACUCACCACUGUGAGAACCUCAAAUUAUAUUUAUUAAUUUAUAAUUCCCAGUAGCCUAGAUGGAAUCACUUAAUGAAAAGUUGGCAUAAUUUAUUUUCAUAUAUGAUACCAAACAUGUGAAGUAGGUGAUACAUUUAAUAUAUGCCCUGUCGGUUCAGUGCUUUAACAGCGAAUUUACAUUUUAUAGACAUAUCAAAGGUAGUUUGUACAUUUUCUCCUUAUUGAAACAUUUUGCUGUCUUCAAAGUUUAUUUCCUGUCUGUUAAGUAUCCUAACCCCUCCACUAACUAAUGCCAUGUUACAGUCUUCCCCAAACAUUAAAUACUUACGUAGUUCAAACAACUUAAGAUAGGAUCCUCAUCAAAUUCUCUGUUAAAAACCAAAUGGGUGAAGAUUUUGAAGAGGCAAAUGCUAGGAUGAGACUAACAGCUCACUGGGCCUAAGACGCGAAAGUAUGAUGACGAUUUUUCUGAGAUCUGUUAAAAUAUUAUCCAUCACCCAACAGGUUGCAUAACCAAAAUAUUAUGUACAUUUCGUGUCUGCCCCAUGCAUACCACGUAUGAAUGAAACUGACUCGGGAUGAUAUCCAAUACGGAGUGUUAAUUAUAGAUUCCCAUGAAUGUAUCGAACUUCAAAAUUCUGAAUGGUUGCAAUGAUUGUAAUUGUCAACAUUUAAAAAUGUUUGUACGUAUGUUUAUGAUCUAUUGUCAUUCAAAAUUUCACGAAAAUCCAUCACUAGAAUCAUAUGACGUCAGGGAGAAGCAGACAUGUGAACAGACACGAUGAUCUGUCUCUUCCGCUGAAAUAGGGAAUGUAGGCUAAAAAGUGUUUCAUGAGUGCACAAAACAUUCCUCUGUCUCUUAAUCACUAUACCCAUUCUUUAUACAUUAUGUUGAAUUGUAAUUAUAAUCUAGCUUCAUUGAGUUUUUUUCUACAAUCCUAUUACGUGUGCUUUAUUUGCUCUGUAAGUGUCGAUUUCAACCACAAAUCUAACCUCCCAUCUCCUUGGUCUUGCAAGUGGCUGCUUUACAACAGCUACAUGUCUAACCCAUCACUUCACCAAUCUAAAAAUACUGAGUUACCUGUCAAUCAUGUACCUUCAUCUCUUGUAUGUUUAAGAAUCUUCUGAGAACUUUGCUUUCAAGUACUGGAUAGGGGUGAGUGGAUCCUCUUGGUUCCGUAGAAGGCCAAACAGCCAUCAGCUUGUCAGUAAAAGAUUUGCCGUGUGGAUUAACUUUGCUUUCCCGGAAUGGCUGAAAUAAAUUAUUAGCAAGUCACAGUGAGAACAGACGCUUUGGGAUUUGAUUGAAGAUCUUCUGGAAACUAUGCAGACAGAAGUUAGGAAGUGAGAUUUCAGGUUCUCACAGCGGUAAGUAUAAAGACGGCUGUCUUCUUAGUUGUAGCGCGGCGUAGUCUGGUAGAAAUUUACAGACGUUUCAGAGGUGCUUGAUGCCUCUGUCAUCAGGGUUGCAAGCACCUCUGAAACGUCAGUAAACUUCUACCAGACUACGCAGCGCUACAACUAAGAAGACAGCCGUCUUUAUAUUGUGUUUGUAUUUUGAAGUAGCGGGGACAGACUAAGAGGUCGGCAUGAAGACUGUACGAUAGAAACUGACGUGAAUACAGCAAGACCCAUAAUAGGAUAUAGUAAAAGUAGUUACAAAAGUGAGUUAAUAAGAAAUACAUUGACAAUAAUUAUGCAAGUUUGUACAGACAUGUAUAUGUGAAAUUAAUGUAUAAUGAAUAACUAUUGGUGUGGAACCUCAUAAAUUUGUUACAGAUAUGUGUUGAGUUUUAAAUUACAGUGAAUUAUGGGCAUAAUAUCAAAGUACAGUACAUGUGCGUACAUUAAAACUGACUUUCAGAAUAUGUUUUUUAAAUUAAUAUUUUAGAAAAUAUCAGCAACAUUUCAAGUAUCUAUUACUGAUUUGAUUUUAUCUAAAGACCACCUGAAAUUGAUUCUUCACAACAGCAAGUGAAUCAAAUGAUGGGACUGCAGUACGGCAUUUGAAUUCUUAAGACAAAUUCAGAUCAUCAGAGAACUGGAAAUGAAGUCUAGUCAUAAUUUGGUUCUAUAGAGUUAGAUGUUCAGUUAUUUUAUUAGGUUAUCAACUGUUGAGGUUAUGUACCAUCAAGUGAGUUAUGGCAGAAUAAUUUUAAAUAAACACGCAAACAUACUGUCGGAUGUCUAACAGCAGAAGUUAACCAAGAACUUAGUGGCAUAUGUCAGCAUCACAUUUGAUCGAGGGGAGAAACUGGAAGGGGGCCGUCAUGUUCAUAAUCACUGCUCUGAGAACCUGAAGACCUGUGCAGUACUACUUGGUGAUAUAUACAGAAAUAGUGAUGUAAUCUGUAACAUAUUCCAGAACAUUCUACUUUGUAGGCAUCAAAAGAAUCUCUCUAACCCGACACUUGGCUAGUCUCAGAGUAAAGGUACAUGUGAAGAAUGAUUAUGUAUGUUGAUUGGAUCAAACUGCACAGCACAUAAGCUGGGUCACAACUAACUAACUAACCCAACACCACUUUUCAGAUGAGCUCAUAUACAAGACUCGAAAUGUAUUUCUGCAGAUUAACUGUGAGAUCUUGGUUUCCAUAGUUGAUAAGUAUUAGUCAUAAUGUAUGAAUAAUCUAGUCUAGAACCAUACAUUGUUAAGUUGUACUUUGAUGAGUAAGAUGAAACCAAAAUCAUUAUUCACUGUAAAAUUUUGAAACAGAAGGCCUAACAGUAUGUCUGAGAUGACCUAACUUUCUGAUUUAAACUUACAAGUUUCAUUUUUAAUCAUUAAUACCACGCCAUGUGUGAUAUUCUCCGAACAUCCUCAUUGUAUACGUCUAUUUCUGAAAACUCAGAAGUUGCAGUCACACACUCCCUCAAAAAUAUUAAAUUUAGUUGCGUUGAUCUUCAUGACACUUAGAUCCUCCUGUCUUCAAAUCGGAUGAGUUAUAAUUAGGACGUCUGCCACACCAGCAAGUACCAGAUUAUACUCCCAAACAAACGGAUGGAUGAGGAUGUUCGGAACACUUUGUAUGUAGCUUUAUUUUGUAUAUGAUAGUAGAUAUUUGACAUCUUGUAUGUUUAUUGAAACAAGACACCAUUUAUGAUUAUUCCCUACGUGAUAAAUCACCAUGUGUCAACUGGAAACAUUAUUGCCACUUCACAUUUAAUGUCUCUUUUUAAUUGAGUCAUCUGCCAAGUAUCAUGGUUGUCUAAUCCAGCUGUAAUCAGUUUCAUGAUUUAAAUUAAGUUUUCUGUCCUCUUAUCUCUUAUUAAGUCAUAUAUAAGCUAUGAAUUAUACUAUAUCUACUGUAAACAUUUAAUAUUUGGUAUAAAAAUGCUAUGCAAAGUCAUUCACAGUGUUCAAAUACAUUUUUGUGUUGUCCUCUUUUUUGAUUGCUUGUAUUAUGUCAAUAAAGAUUUGUGUACAAUUUUA